AUGGCGACAGUCAAUGAAACCAAAAGCUAUUUGUAUAAUGAAUUAUGGAGGUUAUGUGCUGGACCUUUGUUUGAUCUUCCAAAACUUGGAGGAAGAGUUUAUUACUUUCCUCAAGGAUAUAUACAGCAACUUGAGAUAUCUACAAAUAGUGAGUUUGCCCAAAUGCAGCCACUUUUUGAUAUUCCUUCAAAGAUUCCAUGCAAUGUUAUUGGAAUUCAGCUAAAGGAAGUUGGAACCCCUAUUCCAAUUAAAAAUCAAGAAAACCCACAAUUUUAUUAUUUCAUCAAAGUUUUAAGUGCUUCUGAUACAAAUCCACAUGGUGGAUUAUCGGUUCCAAAAAGCAUGCUCUUGAAUGAUAUGUCUCAUCCUAUACCAACUCAAGAAAUAGUUGCCAAAGAUCUGCAUGGUCGUGAAUGGAGAUUUAAACAUAUAUUUAGAGGUACACUGCGUAUACAUCUUUUCACAACUGGUUGGAAUGCAUUUGUGACCACACUAAUUGGAACUAGAAGAGUAGCUAAUCGAGAAGGCAACAUACCUUCAUUAGUUAUUUCUUCACAUAGUAUGCAUCAGGGAGUAAUAGCUUCUGCAAAGAAUGCUAUGAAUAACAAAUGUAUGUUUAUUAUGCUCUAUAAGCCAAGGUCAAGCCAGUUCAUUGUAGGUUAUGAAAAAAAUUUAGAUGCAGUGAACAACAAAUUCAGUGUAGAUACAAAAUUUACCAUGUUGUUUAAAGAUGAUGAUUUUAAUGAAAAA